AUGGACGUCACGAGCACCACACGACAAAAGCUACCAGCAGCUGGAAGGCCUCCGGGGUCCCAGCGCCGUAGCAGGCCUUCUCGCGGCCGCGGCUUGAGAACCUCGACAGGGUGCCUCACCUGCCGAGAAAGGCGCGUCAAGUGUGAUGACACCAGGCCAGAAUGCGUGCGGUGUGCCAAGUCUAACCGGACCUGCCGAUAUGGCCAGAGUGCUGACCGGCGGCAUGCCACUGGGGCUGCAUCUUCAACACCUGGUGAGACCUCCGUCCAGAUCAACGACUUGAUUGAGACGCCAGGGGACAGUAUCCCACGCCAGGACAGCAUCCCACGCCAGGGAAAUGACCAAAGCCUGGCCAGCCUGACCAGCCCUGACCCGGCCUUCUCAGCCACUCCGCUUGCCUUUAGCCAGAUCCCCCUGCUCAACAUCUCUCCCUUCGAGUGGUAUGACCUGUUAGCACGCGAUGCCAUCAGCAACAUCCAACGGCUCAACGAAGCCUCAGCGGGCGAGCCUCGCUGGAACCUCCCAGCAAUCACUCUUUCCCGGAGACAAUCGCCCACUCCUGAAUGUCCUGGGCCUCAUCUCGACCAAGCCAGGGCGAUCUCCGAGCAGCGCACCAGCCUAGUCGGCUGUCCCUGGAACACAAACGCCGGGAUCGAACUAUCGCCGGCGGACCUCAUGUUUCUUCGCUACUACACCGAAGCCGUCGGGCCCAUCCUGGACCUGUUUGAUCCAGCCCGGCAUUUCACCAACGUCGUGCCGCACCUGGGACUCCAAAACACCGGUCUUCUCAAGUCCAUCCUCGCCGUGGGAGCUAAACAUAUGUCUCUCGGUCUCGCAAACGAAGACCCAUCUCUCAACGCGCAACAUAGUCCCCUCUCACAACCAGCGACGACACACCCAGACCCUAACCCAGCACACGCCGCCGCACAGUACUACUACGAAACCCUCCAAUACCUCUCCCAAACCCUUCUCUACCCCUCCUACGCAGACUCGCGCGAGAUCCUCGCCACAUCCAUCAUGAUAAGCACAUACGAGAUGUUCGACGCCGACCGCGCCUCCACAAGCGGUGACUGGGAGCGCCACCUGCGCGGCUCGUUCUGGAUCCAGCGGUCCCAGGACAACGACGGCGAGUCCGCAGAUGGGCUCAGACGUGCCGUGUGGUGGGCCUGGCUGCGUCAGGAUAUCUGGGCUGCGUUCCAGGCGCGCCGGCCGACUCUCACUAUAUGGCGUGCGAGGAAGCCGCUCGAGGAGCUUGACGAGGAUGAGCUGGCGACGAGGAUUGUCUAUAUCUGCGCCAAGUGUGUGGAAUUCGCCGCGGGCGGCGCGGGUGAGAAUCAAAAUCAAAAUCCAAGUCCAGAUCCAAAUCCUGAUUUAAAUACGAAUACAAAUCCAAAUCCACAGUCUCGCAUCGAGCAGGGGGAUCGGCUUCUCCGGGCUCUCGAUGACUGGUUCCGUGUUCUUCCUAUGUCAUAUAGACCAGUUACCGUCCACGACAACAGGAUACUAUCAACGACAGCGCCCGACUCGUCCCAUCCAAACUGGAAUGGAACGGCGCAGGCGCAAGAGACUGGGCAAAAUACCCUGUUCCCGCCUGUAUGGAUCCAUCCCGCCAGCCACGCAGGGGCAGUGCAGAUGUAUCAUUUCGCAAAGGCCGUCGUGCUGCUGAACCAGCCCACGAUGGGCGGACUCAACGCGUACUGCCGCCGUGAGAAGCAGCUGAGUGAGAGUGUGCAGACUGUCUGUGGUAUAGCGAACGCUUGCCAGGAGCAUGAUUCUGCGGUGGCCUUUGUCAGUGUCCAGACCUUGUUUUGUGUUGGCCAGUUUGUGCAGUCGCCUAAGAUGAGGGUUGAGCUGCUCCGUAUCUUGGAGAAUAUGCUGGAGAUUAGCAAAUUCCCUGCCAGGAGGGUUGUUGCUGAGCUCAAAAUGGUGUGGCAGGGGUAUGACAGUGAGCAGUGA